UCGGCGGCCGAGUCGAAGGCACUGACGGACAGCGCGCUUAAGAAGCGUCAGGAGGCGGACGACGAGCGCCGGCAGCGGCUGUUGGCCUCACAGGAGAAGGAGAAGCGGGCCGUCGAGAAGCGACGGAUACUUAUCGAGCAGUCGGUGACCGAAAAGAAGAUGAAGAGUCAGGAGAAGGCUAUGCGGGCGGCAGAGCUCCGGGAGGCGAACAAACUGCGCGAAACGGAACGCCUCCUCCGCGAACAACAGAAGCGCGAGGAAUGGGAGCGCAAGCGGGAGGAGGAGCGCCGGGAGCUCUUGAGACGCAAACAGGAGGAGGUGUUUGCGAAGCAGCGCGAAGUGGAGCGCAGGCGACGCGAUAUGGAGACCAAGGAGUUGGAGGCGAAGCAGCGCCGGGAGUAUGAGUUGCAACGCAAACACGACGCCGAAAGGGAGCGACAGAGGGAACAGGAGAGGAUGGCUGCGCUCAUACAACACCACAACAAUAGUCUCCAACAGAAAGCGAUGGCCAACUCGUACAUCAAGAAGUGUGAGCCCACGGCGACUGUCACCACAGCUACCAGUGCUGCUUACAUGCCACGAGUGGUCGUCAGUAAGCUGUCGCCCGAACUAACGGCCCAACACACCACUGUGCCCACGACUACCAGUUCUAGUAAUCUACUGAAAGUGUUGGACAAUGAGUCGAUGACCCACAAACCGGACCCGAACUCGACGUACACUAAACCGGUGGCCAACGAGACGUUUUCGAUGGACAGGGAGGUGGAGGUGACGAGCAGUUACGACAUGACUCCGCCGCCCAAAGAGCACGACUACGACAACUACGACAUCUCACAGAUAGCCAGCGAUGACGACACGGACGAUGAGUCACAGCCACGCAAACGCAUCCCCGGGUGGGCGAGGGGUCAGGCGUUCAUCAAACAAGUGCACCGCCAGUAUAGUAAGCCCUAUAAGCAGGUGUACCGCGACGUGAAGGAGGUGUUCGGCUCCGGGGAUGUCCUGUUGGAGGCCUUUAAGACCGACUUCGAUCUCAUGUUCCCUAAGAAGCCUUUGCACCCCAAGUACCAGAAGCGCACCUCCAGUGCCGUGUGGGACGACCCGCCCGCCCGCUAUCGCACCGCCAAUGAGUCGAUCAAUGAAUCGUUUUUAUAAUUAUAAUUUGAUUGG